AUGCACCGGGUUUGGCGGGGUUUUCUGACCGAAACUUGCAAGCCGGAGCGGAGCGGGUCCCCGCGCUCCGGCGGACACCCCGCGGCGCGCCUUGCCUGCCCGGGCAGCCUCAGCGGCCCCGGGGAGCCGGGCCGAACCCGCUGCCAGCCCCGGGAGCCGAACCAGCCGCCGGCACCAAGCCGCCGCCUCCCCGAGCUGCCCGGGCGGGCCGGCGGUGCGCGCUUCGAGAAGGGCGGCCGGACCCGCCGGCAGCACCGCUCCAGCGCCCGGGGCCGCCGACCCCGCCGGCUGCGAGGGGCCGCCCGCCGCCGCCCCUCGGACCCUGGAGACCCGCCGCCGCCCCGCGGCUCCCCGGUCCGGACAUCCUGCGGCGGCGGCCGCACCGCCCGUUCCCGUGAGGCGCCCGCGCCCCGCCGCUCCUUUGUUCGCCGCCCUCCCGGCACGGCUGCGGCGCCCGGGCCCGCCGCUGAGCCGCGGGCCCCCGGAACCGGCACCUCUGCGGCGUGGCACCCACUUACCGCCUUACAAAGCCCCAGCCCGCCGCCGGGAGGGAGCGAGCUGACUCUCCCGUCCCUGCCCUCCCCUGGCCGGUGGCGCCGCGCCGCGCCCCGCCCCGCCCCGCCGCCGCCGCCGCGCGGACAGCCGCCCCCCACCGCCCCCGCCGCGCGGCGGCCGCCGCCGCUUUCGCGCCACACGCCGCAGGGGCCGGCGCAGAAGCCAAUGGGCGGCCGCGCGCACCCACUCGGCAGCCAGUGGCGCCCGCGCCGCGGCGGCGGGCGGCGCUGGUAG